AUGGACCCUCAACCACCACGACCGCCGUUUCAUCGGCCCUCGCACCCACGUCUUCACAAUAUCCUCCCCCCUCCUCCACCGCCGCCGCCGCAUAUCCCACAGCGAACCGCCAAUAGCACCCCGGUGUCCUCGCCAGGCCUCUUCAGCCCGUCCAUUUCUCGGCCGAGCAUGACCUUCACCUCGCAGCCCGGCUCGGAGACGGCGACACCGGGGAGCUCGAACUUUCCGUUUCUACACCCGUUACAAGUACAGAGCCACAAAGUCCGGGAAACACACAAGGCGAACGUUGAACACGAUUACACUACCGGCCGGAAACACAUCAACAACUACGAGAUCAUCGAGGAGCUGGGUCGAGGCGUUCACGGCAAGGUCAAGCUCGCUCGGAAUGUGGAGAAUGGCGAGCACGUUGCUAUCAAGAUCAUCCCACGCUUCUCUAAGAAGAGACGUUUGGGGAAAGUCACGGCAAUGUCCACUCAAGAUAAGAGCAAAAAGGAGAUUGCUAUCCUGAAGAAGAUCCGUCACCCGAACGUUGUCGCCCUGCUCGAGGUUAUCGACGACCCCGAGCUGAAGAAAAUUUACAUGGUGUUGGAACAUGUCGAACUGGGUGAGGUGGUCUGGAGGAAGAAGGGGCUCCCACACAUCUGCGAGUACGAACGGCGACGCAUUGAACGCGAAACCCGGGGUGUGAACUCCACGCCCGAGGAGGAUCGUUUUGAGCGGUUUCUGUUGCAGCGUCAAGCGGCCAAGGACUCACAGCGGGCAAAACUACGAGCCCUAGCACAGAAGCCUUCGGCCGACUUUUGGAGUCUCGAGUACGGCCCCGCGGACGAUGAGGAACUCGACUCUCGCGUCGGUUCUCUGGGGAGGGAGGACACGGGGCUCUCGGCCAUCCGCCCUGCUUUGUCAGAAACGAGUUCAAUCCCAUCGAGAGCCACCUCAAGGGCACCGUCUCGCUCCACAUCUGUGAAAUCGUUUACUAAGUUCACCGGACCGCAGGUUGCUUUCGCGACCCAGAACGAAGAACCAGAGACACCCGGUGCGUUGCCAAUCAGGGCCAAACCGACCUCGUCCACGGCCCUGGACGGCACCAUGUACGGGGCAUAUGUCGACGACCCCACUGCUCGGGGGCGAUCUCCCAGCAUGGCGGACUCCUUUACGUCCCACAUGUCUUCCUUCGACUUUAACAGGGUCCAUGACCCCUACGUCGACGAUUUCUCUUACGUACCCUGCUUCACCAUGGACCAAGCUAGGAACACAUUCCGGGAUACAGUCUUGGGCCUCGAGUAUCUCCACUAUGAAGGCGUUGUCCACCGAGACAUCAAGCCCGCAAACUUGCUCUGGACUAGGGAGCAGAGGGCCAAGAUUGCGGACUUUGGUGUGUCCUACUUUGGUAGGCCUGUCCGCGAUGGUGAACCCGACGACACCAUCUCGGAGUCGGAAGCUCGGGACUUUGACAACGAUCUCGAGCUCGCCAAGACGGUCGGCACGCCCGCCUUCUUUGCACCCGAGCUCUGUGCCACCGAUCUCUACGACGCGCCGCCCGACAAGCAGCCCCGAGUCAGCGAACAGAUUGACGUUUGGUCGCUGGGUGUUACACUGUACUGCUUGAUCUACGCUCGCCUACCAUUCCUCGCCGAGGACGAAUGGCAGAUGUUCAAGAAGAUCGCGAACGAUGCGGUUUACAUUCCCGACAAGCGGCUUCGCCCUGUCGACCCGUCCACGAAACCCAGCGAGAAAUCUCUUUAUACCCGUGUCAAUGGGCCGCCGUACCGCGACGACGACGAGCUUUCGUACGAAGAGAUUGAGCCCGAGCUUCAGGACCUCCUGAGGAAAAUGCUCACCAAGAAUCCUGAAAAGAGGAUUCGGCUGCGCGAUGUCAAGAGACAUCCCUGGGUCAUGCACGGCAUAGAUGCCAUGCUCUGGCUUGACGAUACCGAUCCUUCUAGGCGAACAUCGGGCAAGAAGAUUCAAGUCGAUGAGAAGGAAAUCACCCGGGCUGUUGUCCCCCUAAGCUUGAUGGAGCGCGCUAGAUCCGUGGUUAAGAAAGCGGUGGGCAAAGUCAUGCAUCCACGGGGAGACCGCGCAGAGAGCGUCUCAUCAAGGAGGCGGGCGGCUAGCAGCGCGGCUAGUUCUGCCGGAGAUAUCACUAACCUCAUCACUCCUCACCUACGAGAUAGCCGCAGGCGAAGUCUGCGGCCUGACGACUACUUCUCAACCCCGAUCAAUCCGGGGAGCGGACACCCCCUAACACAGAGCGUCCUAGCGAGCCCUGAGGCCGGGUCACCCCCCGUCCCAUCCCCGCUCCAUCAAUCCUCCUUAGCCGGCAGCCCCGGAGCCCGCCGACGUCUCGAACUCGUCACAACCCUCGCGGGUAGGGAGGACUAUUGGGGUCGACCGGCUUGCGUCUCCGCUUCGGCCUCGCCUCACCGGCCAACUACCCGUCAUGGGCAGUCUCGGUCCAUCACAAACACUUUUCUACCUCUGACCCCAACGCCGAUUGAAAGCCAAACUGUUCCGCCCACCCCGCUCUUCGACAGUCCGGUAGACGAUCCUAGCAAUGCACUCCGAAAGGCACGGGAUACGAAGCCCAACACCGACGACCUUGGCCGAGCCAGGUCUGUUGAUCGCGGGUUAUUCGCCAGCAACGACAAACGUGCAGAACCUAGGGUGGCGCUUAGUACCGCCGUUGCUCCUGGAAAUCUGCACUUCAACCCUCAACCCCGCUCAAUGCGUUCCAUCGAAUUUUUCCGAGCUCUCGACCAUGCCGUCCCUGCUGUGCCCCUACCGUCCGUUUCCCCCUUGUCUGCCUUCAAAUCCGACCCCAACAUGCACCAUAAGCAACGACGCCUAGCUAGUUUGGAAGAGCGGCCGAUGACGGCCGGCCGUGUCGGGGCUGUGGGGCAGCCAUCAACGCCCGAGCCGACCCUCCCCCCAUGCCCACCAUCCCCGACUGGCGAUCCGUUCCCCGUAUUAUCCCUCUCCAAACAUGAUACCGUUGUGACAGCGAGGUCAUCAAGCUCUGCGGCAUCCAUGGGCGCACUCACCACUCCGUUGACGAGCCCGAGCGAAUCAGCAAGUCCCAUCUAUGGGCUCAACAACCAGAUGACCAAGGAGGUGGCGGAUCGGAUGUUGGCAUUCCAAUCCGACCCGUCGCUGCCGGCUCUGCUCAGCAGUACAAGUUCCGUCUCAGCCGAUCCGGAGGGCGAGUUCCUCGGCAACCCUGGUGUGGUGGGACGGCCCUCCGUUAUUGACACAACCGACUCCCUUACGCCACCUGCCUUCGCCAAGGAGCCUAUCUCGGGGUUCCCUCUCGGACUACGGGACACGUCGGAGGAGGCCGUUCACUUUGGCACCGGCCGUGCUGCGGAUCGCCCUCCAGAAAGCAUCCGUCUCCCUGCUAGUCGGCGGGGCUCGCAAAGUCGUCGGGAUGACGAUGACGAUGACGACGAUGGUCAUAGUAGCGACAGCGAUGAGGGGCUGACCAUGGCCAGGAAAAAGAAGAAGCCAGCCCCGGUUACGGCCCCGGACCAGACCCCUAUUCCCGCCCCUAUCACUCACACUACUACCCCAUCUUCACAGGAUCUGCAAACACCGGCGCUGGGGGUAGGGAGGUGGGUUGGCCAUUCGCGGAGACGGGAUACAAACGCGAGCGUGGGCAGUACCGAUACCGCUAAGAAGAUGUUCAUUAUGGACCCUGACGAGCCGGCUACCGGGAGUUGA